GUCAAAACGCAUUUUUUUAAGAACCCGCGACGUUGUCGUCCAUUAGAUUAGCCCUCCAAAUUCUGAUAGUCGUCGGAUCGGAUUAUCAUUCCAAUCACAGCAUCAAAUAUCAAGGACUAUAAAAUUGAAAUUCAAAAGUAGAGAGGGAGAGAAGUAGGACAAGAAUUCCAGCUUCUUCUUCCUCCUCUUCAAGAAGGGAUUACGUUUAUACUCUGGGUUUUAUUCCUGUGAAUCUUUGCUUGGCAAUGAGCGAGCUUUUGAAACCAGAUUUGUAUAUUCCAUUCAUUCACACACCAUUUGGAAUUUGAAAUUGUUAGGUUCUAAACUUCUGUUGAUUCCAUCUUUCAAGUGUGGAGGAUUCAGGGAACUCUGUUAUUUGAAUUUUUGAUUUAAAAAGUUCGUUCAUUUAAUUUCUCCGCGGCUUUGAAUGGAGAAAAGUGAGAAUGGGGAUUUCCCUCCAAAAAAGGCUCAAUUGGAGGCGCCUUUGACGGCGGCUGCAGCAACGAUACCUGCGGAAGCUGAUUUACCGACGAAGAAGCUCGCGAGGCAGCUGGAUUUCGCGCCGUCUGGCGGCGGCGACGGAGGGGUAUGUACGACUGUAUCGGUACCCAUUUUUCCGGAGCAUUCUCAGCCGAUAGUUCCGCAUACCCUGCCGCACCUGACUGUGAAGCCUCCACAAUCACAAUUCCCGCCACAUUUACAGUCACUGCAACAAUUUUUUUCGGUGCCUAUGCAGCAGCCUUCAUCGCCAUAUGCUAAUCCUUCACUACGGCCUCUGAAACCAGAAUCCCCAAGAGUUAGGCAUAGGCAAAGUGCUGGCGAAACAAAGGAUGGAACUCCAAAGAGGAAAAAGCAAUGCAACUGCAAACACUCUCGGUGUUUGAAAUUAUACUGUGAAUGCUUCGCGUCUGGCAUAUAUUGUGAUGGGUGUAACUGCGAAAAUUGUCACAACAAUGUUGAAAAUGAAGCUGCCAGACGAGAAGCUGUUGAAGCUACUUUGGAUCGCAAUUUAAAAGCAUUCAGACCUAAAAUUGCUAGCAGCCCUAAUGGAAUUCGGGACAUUAAGGAGGAAGCUGGGGAUUGUUUGGUCUUGGCAAAGCAUAAUAAAGGAUGUCGUUGCAAGAAAUCAGGGUGCCUUAAAAAGUAUUGUGAAUGCUUCCAAGCCAACAUUCUUUGUUCAGAAAAUUGCAAAUGCAUGCACUGCAAAAAUGUUGAAGGGAGUGAAGAGAGGCAGGCACUCUUCCGUGGAGAGAAUCCCAACAGCUUGGCAUAUCUUCAGCGGGCAAAUGUUGUUAUAAAUGGUGCCAUUGGAACAUCUGGUUUUGGAUCUCCUCCCGUAGCAAAGAAAAGAGAAGUCCAUGAGUUCUUUACUGGCUCAACAAUGAAAGUUCCUAUUGAUGCAUUUGGGCAGUUCCCGCAGAGCAACCAAAGUAAAGGUCCUGUUCAGCCUGCUCCAAUGCCUUCAAUUCCCAGUGCCCAAGUUGGUAGUAAUGCAGCCCCACUAGGCCCAUCAAAAUUUAUGUACAGGUCCCUAUUGGCAGACAUCAUCCAACCACAGGAUGUGAAGGAAGUUUGUUCAUUCUUGGUCUCCUGUUCAAGAGAAGCUGCUAAAAUGCUUGAAGAUGAAAAGGAUGCAAGAGGGAAGCAAGCAGAAGAGCUUAGAGAAACAAUGGUUGCCUCACCUCAGGACACAUUAGAUAAUGUAAGAGUUUCUGUGGGAAGGGCUUUACCUGAUCAAUGUUCCACAGAGAGCCAUGUUGAAAAGAAAACUGCAGAUGAUCCCAAUGUCUUUGUAGCAAGGCCAUUGUCUCCAGGAACAUUGGCACUGAUGUGUGAUGAACAGGAAACGGUGUCUUCCCAGUUGCGUCGUGGGCAAAGCAUGACGGAAGCCUAUGAAAAGCAGGAAGCCAUUGUUUUGACAAAAUUUCGUGAUUGCCUUAACAGGCUUAUUGCAUUGGGAGAAAUAAAAGAAUCAAGGUGUUCUUCAAUGGCACGAGGUUCAGAAUCAGAUUGCCGAAAUGGCGAUGCUGCGGAAGCAAGAAACCAAAAGGAAACCUACUGCAACGGUAAGUUUGAUGACCCCUCCCCGUCUCAAGUGGUCAUUUCUGCAACACAAGACCAAAAGGUCCAUCCCCAGGAGAAAACGGUUGAGAGAUGCAUAGUUGAAACUUAAAUUGUGGAGACAAAUUUCAACAAGGGGAAAUUGUAUUUGGGUCCUUCAGUUAUAGGAAUCUAGUGGAUUUAGUGUCUCAAUUAUUUGUGUCACCACUUUUAAUCUUUGGGUUAUUUAUUACGAAAGUGGUGUCUUUAGGCCCUCAUUAGAAAAAGAAACUUGAAUUCAUUAUAGCUAUUGUUUAAGCAUCUAAUUUUUUAAUGUACUAAAAUAACAUUGUAAAAAUAUAAUUUUCUAACUACAAAUUUAAUAAGAUUGACUUUCAAAAUUA